AUGUUAUAUAUUCCUCUCUCCUUUGGUAAUCUGAGCAAUUUAGAAGAUUUGUACCUACACAAAUGUGGGCUUUUUGGUUUCAUUCUUGAGGAGAUAGGAAACUUGAAAUCUCUCUUCUAUUUAGGAUUGGCCGAAAAUCAACUUAGUGGUUCUGUUCCUCAAUCAUUUGGAAAUCUGAGCAACUUGGAAUAUUUGUACCUUUAUGAUAACCAUCUUUCUGGGUCUUUUCCUCAAGAAAUCGGAAAUUUAUGGUUGAUUGAUCUUGAAUUGGGCACAAACAACCUCACCGGUUAUUUGCCAUAUAAUAUUUGUCAAAGUGGAUCACUUAAAGAAUUAACUACAUUCGACAAUCAUUUUCUUGGUCAAAUCCCAAAAAGCUUUAGGAACUGCAAAAGUCUAGUCAGGGUCCGCAUAGAACACAACCAAUUGUGUGGGAAUUUUUCAAAAGAUUUUGGGAUCUACCCCAACCUGACUUAUUUAGAUGUAAGCCAAAAUGAAUUUUAUGGGGAAAUCUUUGUGAACAGGAAAAAGUUUCCAAUAUUAGGAUAUUUAAAUGUUAGCGGGAAUAAUAUAACUGGGAGCAUACCCUUAGAGAUUGGAAACUCAACUGAGUUACAAGAACUUGAUCUUUCUUCAAAUCAUUUAGUUGGGGAGAUUCCAAGGGAACUAGGAAACUUGAGUUCUCUUAUCAAGUUGAUUCUGAAUAGGAAUCAACUUUCUAGUGGUAUAACUCUAGAAUUUGGUUUACUCACCGAACUUGACUAUCUUGACUUGUCUGCAAAUAGAUUGAAUAAGUCAAUCCCAAAAAGCCUUGGCUACUUGUUGAAGUUGUACUACUUGAAUCUGGGUAACAACCAACUUAGCCAAGAAAUUCCAGUUGAGUUCGGGAAGUUAGGUCUACUGUCAGAGCUAGAUUUGAGUAAAAACUUGCUUAAAGGGGAGAUACCGUCUGCAAUCUGUAAUUUGCAUAGCUUGGAGAAGCUAAAUCUUUCCCACAAUAGGCUUUCUGGUGUAAUUCCAAUUUGUUUUGAAGAAAUGAAGGGUUUGUCAAGCAUUGACUUAUCCUACAAUGAGUUGCGAGGUCCGGUUCCUAACAGCAAAGCAUUUAAAAAUGCUCCUAUCGAAGCAUUGCAAGGGAACGAAUUAUGCGGUGAUGUUACGGGUCUAACAUCUUGUGAAGCUUUCAAGUCACACAAACAUACAUCAGGAAAAAUCUUUGCUAUUGUGUUCCCUCUUUUAGGAGGACUCGUACUUUCAGUUGUCAUAAUUGGUUUGUAUUUCAUUAAGCAAACACAAAAGAUGGAGUCAGAAAAGCAGCAAAGUAGUGUGAACACCCAUGGAUUACUUUCAGUAUUAAAUUUUGAGGGAAAACUUGUGUACGAAGAAAUUAUAAGAGCUACAAAUGAUUUUGAUCCUAGUUAUUGUAUCGGUAGUGGUGGAUUUGGAACUGUUUAUAGAGCAGAACUACCAUCGGGGGACAUUAAGAAAUUUCACUCACAUCUUGUAGAGAUGGGAGAUCAAAAAGUGUUCUCAAACGAAAUAAAGGGGCAGCUUGGCCACAAUCCUAAGCACUGA